AUGGACUAUUGCCACCUAAGAGGUUUGCUUGAUUCCUCUCUGCCAUCUGUUUUGUGCCUAGGUGAUUGCCAGCUGCACACAUCUUGUGGGAUACAGAAGUGCACCACCGAUUUUGUGUCCUUCACUUCGCAUCUAAACGUGGCUCUCGAGGACUUUGAUUUGGAGUUCUGCAAGGCCCUGCGUGCGUACUCUGCGUGUACCUAUCGCAAUUCCAAAGUAUGCCGUGGAAACCUAGUCUACCACUCUGCAGUGCUGGGGAUCAGCGACCUCAUGAACCAGCGGAACUGUACUAAAGACGGACCCACAUCCUCCACCAACCCUGAGAUGACCCAUGAUCCUUGCAGUUACAGUGGUCACACAGAAGCCAGAGAACAUCAGGGAGUAGAGAAGACUCCCUCUCCUACUUACCUGUUUUGUGGCUUGUUUGGCGAUCCUCAUCUGAGGACUUUCAAGGAUCACUUCCAGACAUGCAAAGUGGAAGGUGCUUGGCCUCUCAUAGACAAUAACUACAUAUCAGUGCAAGUGACCAAUGUGCCUGUGGUCCCAGGAUCCAGCGCUACUGCUACAAAUAAGAUAACUAUUAUCUUUAAAUCAUACCAAGACUGUACAGAUCAGAAGGUAUAUCAAGCAGUAACUGAUGACUUGCCUGCAGCUUUUGUUGAUGGUACAACAAGUGGAGGUGAUGGGAACACCAGGAGCUUGCUCAUCGUGGAGAAAGUCAGUGGCAAGUACAUCGAAAUGCACGCCAGGUACAUUGGGACCACAGUGUACAUACGGCAGCUCGGGCACUACUUAACGCUGGCCAUACGCAUGCCUCAGGAGCUGGUCAUGGCCUAUGAGGAGAACCAGGAUCUGCAGCUGUGUGUGAAUGGUUGCCCUUCAAGUGAACGUAUUGAUGAUAGUGGCCACUUGCCACUGCCUGUGAUGGGAGCAUUGCAUCCUUGGGGUGGUACUCCUCAUCCCCGAUCAGUGUACACGCUGGAAACCGCCACCACCAAAUGCCAUGAGAAGAUGCUAGUGAAGGACAUCUAUUUCUACUCGUGUAUUUUUGACCUACUCACCACUGGUGAUGCUAACUUCACAGCUGCUGCUCACAGUGCCUUACAGGAUGUGGAGGCACUGCACCCCAGGAAAGAACACUGGCAUAUCUUUCCCAGGAGCGGAGGUGGUGGUAUGGGCAGGGAUAGCAAAUUAUUUGUCAGUCUUGGACUUGUGUACUUGAUCCUUGUUGCAUUUUUCUAGGGUUUCUUUUGUCUAUAACAAAGUUUUGAAAUAUAUAUUGUCAUAAUAUAUUGAGUAAAGAUGAGUAUAUAUGUAUAUACCAUGUAUAUGAAGGGAUGUUUUGUCUUGGGACACCCGCUAGAUUGUACAUACUGUGUUAACUGUUUUCACAUAUGUUUGAUGCAGUAUUCUUUGAAUCUAUUUGUUUUACAGUUGUUGACAUGUUUUAUAAUGUUCCUGCAUUGGGACCUGAUAGAAAGCACUUUAUUUUUUAUAUAUUAAAUAUUUAAGUGUGUAUCUGAGUAACACAUACAAUACUCAGUGCUCCCUCUAAGUAUUACUUGGUUUAAC